AUGCGCAGUACAAGUUCGGAGAGGUUAAAGCACAUUGCAGUGGCCACUGUUUCCAAUAAGACCGUAUCCAAGGUUGUGGGACUGGUCGGCCUGAGCCUGGCGUCGAUAGUCAUCGACGAGGCGAUAGGACUGAUUAAGCGGUACGUUUGGCGCAACUACGUCACCGAGCUUGAAGUUUCCAACUCAGAUAAGUCUUACAAUUGGCUGCUGCAGUGGAUUUCCAAGCACAACCAACAACUACUGCACUUCAGCGUGACUACAGUUUCUCGAAACACCGAGACCGCCCAUGCGACUUCGAAAUUCGACUAUUCACCGAACGCUGGCGAACACAUGUUCAAGUACAAAGGUCAUACGAUACGCGUAAAACGUGAUCGCAGCACGGUACUGUCCAACGAGUACGGUUCUAGACCGUUCGAGACGCUUAACUUAUCUACUUGGGGUCGAAACAGACAAGUGAUGAAUGAAAUUCUGGAAGAGGCCAGAUUGUACGCCAUGUCUAUCAUGGAGUCAGGCACCACUCUGAUGGUGCCUUCGUACGACGUGUGGCACAACUUCGGCGAGCCCCGGGCGCCACGGUCGUUGUCGUCCGUCAUACUGGACGAGGGCGUGAUCGAAAACAUACUUAAGGACAUACACAACUUUGUGAACGACAAGUCUUGGUACCUAGAUAGGGGAAUACCGUACCGUAGGGGUUACCUGCUCUACGGGCCACCGGGUUGUGGCAAAACAUCUUUGAUCAUGGCGCUGGCUGGCGAUAUCAAGUACAACUUGUGCGUAUUAAGCCUGAACGACUCUAAAAUGUCCGACGAUCAACUCGUUCAAUUGAUGGGAGAAGUGCCGUCCAAGUCGUUCGUGCUCCUGGAAGACGUUGACGCAAUGUUCGCCAAUAGAGACGGAAAAACUGUCAUAGAGGGCAGUACUAAAGUGACGUUGAGCGGUUUGCUAAACGCUCUCGAUGGUGUCGUAUCAUCUGAAGGCCGAAUACUAUUUAUGACUACUAACUACGUCGAUAGGUUGGAUUCUGCACUGAUUCGAUCUGGCCGAGUUGAUUUUAAACAAUACAUUGGGACUUGUUCAGAUCAUCAAUUAUCACAAAUGUUCAUUAGGUUUCGUCCAGAAGGUACAGAAGGCGACAAAAAGAGAUUUGUGGAAGAUAUAAAAAAAUAUAACAAACCAGUCAACCCUGCUCAUUUGCAAGAAUUUUUUUUGGUAAACCGUCAUAAAGAACUAAAUUAUGUGUUUGAACAUAUAAACGAUUUAUGGCAGAAUGUGCAAGACAUUCAAUUAACAGAGUAA